UCGAUUUAAAACUAUUCGCCAUUUUGAAAAAUCCGAAACGGCGGCUCUGCGGGAUUUGUGCGUGCCACAGUUGGUUGUCCUUUGCGUGUUAAAGAUUUAAAAACUAUCCAUAAACAAUACAUAUUUCCUUGUUCAUGGCUCUCGGUCAUGCCUGUGCGAGUUGAAUUGGACCCUCCGCCACCGGCGAAGUCGGUACAACCCGGUGUCACCACAACACUGCUGUACUGCGGGUCUAGGUUCCAAGGACACCAGAAAAGCAAAGGAAACUGUUAUGAUGUUGAAGUAAUUUUGCAGCACGUUGACUUAAACAACUCAUACUUGUGUGGAUAUUUAAAAAUCAAAGGCUUGACAGAAGAGUUUCCCACACUGACAACUUUUUUUGAUGGUGAAAUCAUCAGCAAGAGACAUCCAUUCCUGACCAGGAAGUGGGAGGCUGAUGAAGACGUGGACAGAAAACACUGGGGCAAGUUUUUAUCCUUUUACCAGUUUGCCAAGACAUUUAACUCAGAUACUUUUGAUUAUGAAGAUCUGCAAAACACAGACUUUGUUUUCAUGCGAUGGAAGGAACACUUCCUGGUUCCAGACCACACUAUCAAAGACAUUAGUGGAGCCUCCUUUGCUGGAUUCUACUAUAUCUGUUUUCAGAAGUCAACAGCAACCAUAGAGGGAUAUUACUAUCACAGGAGUUCGGAGUGGUACCAGUCUCUGAAUCUCACUCAUGUACCAGAGAAGAGUAUUGCCAUCUACCAAUUUAGAUAACAGUGACUAUGUGGACGGGGAAUUGUAGUAAAUCUGACUGCCUGUAAUUUUGACUGCCAUGAUACAGGGGAUGUAUGUAUUUAUUGUGUACAGAAUGGAAAUGUAGGGACAAAAAGUAUGUCACUCCCAAUUUUCCACAAGUGCAGUAACAAGAUUAGCAAUCGUCAGAUCUUCAUGUCUGCUCUGGGUUUGGGGCAGUCCCCAACGAAGAAACAAAAGUGCAAUUCUAAUAUUCUUUUGCCACAGUAAUGAAUUAGCUGGUUUAUAAAAUAAUGACUUUCAAAGGAAGAUUUGAAUUUAUUUGCCAGCUUGUUUUCCUCUGUGUGUUGCCUUUUGUCAGGCACAACAAGAUACGAGAAGAGAUGUUUUGUUUUUCCAGUUUGGUUUAUAUCCUCUGAGAAAUCUAUUUCUCAUGUUUGGAACUGUUGUUUUAUGCAGGCAACAGCAGAAAUUAUUUUAAAACAGAAGAUUAAGAAAUUGUGCCAUUUUUAGUUUCUAACUUUGCAUGAAAAAAAAUUUCUUCCAGAUGGGAACUACUGCACUUCCAGUAGGGCAGAAGGAUACACAACUGUUCUAUAAGUUAUUUUUAUUUUGUGAAAAUUAAUGUGGCUUACCAGCCUUAAAGCUAUUUGUUAAGACAUUUUUAAAUAAUUUCUGAGGAUUUAGCAAAUAUUUAUAUAUACAGACACUAAUGUGAACACAUUCAGAUCACUUGUCUGGCCAUGACACUUGCUGUCCAGCAUGUUUAUUCACUUACUGCCAAACAGUGAAACCAUGCAUUUUUUAAAACUUCUAAAUGACUGUAGGUAUUGUUCAGUAAAGUAAAAGUGCAUGUCAAGAUUGAAGAUUAGCAUAAUGACUCGAUUGGAUCAUUUUUACAAAAAUAACUGAUUCUUUAUUAUUACUAUUUUUCUUUAGAUUAAUUUGUGAAACCAUAGCGAAGAAUCCAAAACUGUUUGGAAAAAUUGGCACACUUUGACUUCAAGUCAGAUUCUAAAUAAACAUAAGUAAGCAUUUUGUAACAGGUUUUAUCUCAUUUCUU